AAAUAAAUAAAGUUUAUUUUUUAAAAAAAAAAAGAAAGAAAAGGAAAAGCGACAAGGAGAUUAGGAACUGACUUUGCUAAAUUGAAGCACCCAUCUCUCUCAUUUCAUCACUUUCUCUCUCCUCAACUCAGUCAAUUCAUUGAAGAAGAACAAUAAGAACAGCUCCAAUUGAGGUGGGGGUUGCAGACCUUGCAGUUGCUGCAGAACUCUGCAAAUUUGAUGAUGGGAGAUGAUAAAUCAACGGCGAUGGUGAUGGGAAAUAGCAGUAGAGAAAGAGAUCGGGAACUUCUCAUACCAGUCGCUGACUCUUCCGGUAGCCAUGACGAUUCUGCUAAACCUAGCCCUUCUGUUUCUUCUUCCCACCAUUCUGGGCGAGAGACUUUUUCUAAAAUAAUCCGAAGUUGGGCUUCAAAGAAGUUUAUGACUGGAUGUGUCAUCCUUUUUCCAAUAGCUGUCACUUUCUACGUAACCUGGUGGUUCAUACAUUUUGUUGACGGAUUUUUUUCUCCUAUCUAUGCUCAACUUGGAAUUGACAUUUUUGGCCUGGGAUUCAUAACUUCAAUAGCAUUCAUAUUCUUGGUGGGUGUGUUCAUGUCGUCAUGGUUGGGAGCAUCAGUUUUAGGCCUUGGUGAAUGGUUUAUUAAGAGGAUGCCUUUUGUCCGUCACAUCUACAAUGCCUCAAAGCAAAUUAGUUCUGCAAUAUCACCAGACCAGAACACACAGGCCUUUAAAGAAGUUGCCAUCAUUAGACAUCCGAGAAUUGGGGAAUAUGCUUUUGGGUUCAUCACAUCGUCUGUUACCCUGCAGAAUUAUUCAGGGGAGGAGGAUCUAUGCUGUGUUUAUGUUCCCACCAACCAUCUGUAUAUUGGUGAUAUCUUUCUGGUCAACUCAAAUGAUGUAAUCAGACCAAACCUGUCAGUUCGUGAAGGAAUUGAAAUCGUAGUGUCUGGUGGCAUGUCUAUGCCACAGAUCCUCUCAACGUUGGAUACACGUAUCGGACAUAUUGACAGAAUAAGAUCCAACAGAAGCUGAGACUGAUGGUAAUUUUAGGUUAUAGAUUGGCUGUUAAGUAGAUAUAGUUAACCAGAAGUCUCAAUUUGUGGAGAAAAGUACUACGCAAUGCAACCUGUUUAUAUUCAUCUUUGUCAAGACCAAUCAUUAGUGUUAAUUAUUUUUGAAGUUGUUUGCUUCUUUUUUUUGGUUACGAUAUAUAUUAUGGAAUUUCUUGUACAAUGUAGAUGUAGUAGCGUUGUUCAAAAUCAGAAGCACGAUGUUACAUGAAUACAGGUUUCUGUUUAUGUCCA